AUGGCGAUCCAGAAAAAGCACGGUAAAGGUCGUUUGGAUAAGUGGUAUCGCCUUGCGAAGGAAAAGGGAUACAGAGCAAGAGCUGCGUUCAAGUUGGUUCAGCUGAACAAAAAAUAUGGUUUCUUGGAAAAGAGCAGAGUUCUUCUCGAUCUUUGCGCGGCACCAGGUUCAUGGUGUCAAGUAGCUGCAGAAUGCAUGCCCGCGCAGAGUAUUAUUGUCGGUGUCGAUCUCGCCCCAAUCAAGCCAAUCCCUCGAGUUAUCAGUUUCCAGAGCGAUAUCACAACGGAAAAAUGUCGUGCGACCAUCAGACAACAUCUGAAACACUGGAAGGCGGAUACAGUUCUCCAUGACGGUGCGCCUAAUGUCGGUGCGGCCUGGGUUCAAGACGCUUUCUCUCAGGCGGAACUGGUCUUGCAGUCCCUGAGAUUGGCCACUGAAUUCUUGAACGAGGGUGGUUCGUUCGUCACCAAGGUCUUCAGAUCGAAGGAUUACAACCCCCUGCUGUGGGUUUUCAAGCAGUUGUUCACGUCAGUCGAAGCGACAAAGCCCCCCUCCUCUCGAAAUGUCUCUGCGGAAAUCUUCGUCGUUUGCCGCGGAUACAAAGCCCCAAAGCGUCUCGAUCCGAAAUUCCUUGACCCCAAGCAUGUGUUUGCCGAAUUGGCAGACCCCACACCGAACAAUGAGGCCAAGGUCUUCAACCCUGAAAAGAAGAAGCGCAAGAGAGAAGGUUACGAGGAGGGUGAUUACACGCAAUUCAAGGAGCUACCAGUGACUGAAUUCAUCAACACUACCGAUCCCAUUGCUAUCCUAGGUUCAUACAACAAACUUAGCUUCCAGCAACCACCUAGCGGAGAUAUGGCGUUGUCCACUCUGGACCGAUUGGAGGAAACAACAGAAGAAAUCAAGACUUGCUGCGAGGAUCUAAAGCUUUUAGGAAAGAAGGAAUUCCGAAACCUCCUCAGAUGGCGUCUGAAGGUCCGUGAAAAGUUUGGACUUGUUGUGAAGAAGGGAACGUCGCACAAGAAAGAGGAGCCGGAAGAAGUCGCUGAGAUCGCCCCCAUGGACGAGGAACUAGCGAUCCAGGAGCAACUUCACAAGCUCCAAGAUAAGGAGACGACAAGACAAAAGAAAGAGCGGCGGAAGGAAAAUGAGAAAAAACGUAAAGAGAUCGUCCGCAUGCAGAUGCAUAUGACUACGCCUAUGGACAUUGGAAUGGAGCAGCUGGGACCAGGAGGGGAUGAUGCUACCUUUACUCUUAAGCGUGCCGACAGGGAGGGUGCAAGAGACGCGAUUGCAUCCAGCAGGGACAUCCCAGUGGAAAGUGAAAGCGAGGAGGAAUCCGAAUCUGAUGACGAUGACAGCGAUGAUGAUGGGGACCAGUUGGAGCGAGAACUUGAUUCCUUGUAUGAGCGAUACCAGGAUCGCAAGGAAGAGAGUGACUCGAAGCUGCGUGCUAAGAAGUCACGAAAGGAAUACGAAGCCGAAGAAUUCGAAGGAUUCUCGGAUUCUGGAAAGGAAGACAAUGGCGAAAACUCAGAUGAGGAAGAGUCUGAAUCCAAGGCUCAACUAGGCGCAGGCGGUGCACCCAAGUCUAAAUCUCUUUCGAACAACGCCGCUUUGUUCUUUGACCAGGACAUUUUCCAAGGUUUGGAAGACGUCGAUGACGUUGAGGACGAGGAUAGCGCAAUCGAAUUGCAAGAGGACGAUGAGAAAUCCAAGUCCGAUGCUACAUCAGACAAGGAAAAUGUUAAGGAAUCGAAGAAGGAGAAGAAGGACAAGAAGAGUGCAAAGGCUGAAGAAUCCGAUGAGGAGUACGAGGAGCCUGAGGAUCCACGAAAGGCAAACGGCCAGCUCGAUAUCGAUAUCAUUACCGCAGAGGCUAUGGCUCUGGCUCAGUCGAUGGCCACAGGCGAAAAGAAAUCCCACGAUGUGGUCGAUGAUGGUUACAACAGGUUUGCCUUCCGGGAUGUCGACGGUCUUCCGGAGUGGUUCCUCGACGACGAAACCAAGCACGGCAAGCCUCAGCGCCCCAUCAGCAAAGCCGCCGCCGCUGCAAUCAAGGAGAAGAUGCGCGCUAUCAACGCCCGUCCGAUCAAGAAGGUGAUGGAGGCGAAGGGCCGUAAGAAGUUCAAGGCCGCUCAGAAAUUGGAGCGCUUGCGCAAGAAGUCUGCACUGCUGGCGGACGACGAAGCCCUCAGCGAGCGGGACAAGUCGCAGGCGAUCUCGAAGCUGAUGAGCAAGGCAACCAAGAAGAAGCCCAAGUCAGAAACGAAGUUGGUUGUGGCCAAGGGAGCCAACAGAGGUAUUUCUGGUCGUCCAAAGGGAGUGAAGGGCAGAUACAAGAUUGUGGAUUCCCGUAUGAAGAAGGAUAUCCGGGCCGAGAAGAGGCUGGCGAAGAAGAAGUCGAAGUCGAGGUAA